CUCGCCCUUUGCCAGAGCCUCUGGGACCCGGUCUCAGCGAGCGCCUCCUGUGGUGGGCAACUGGACACCAGCAGCUGGCACAGGCCAUCUGUUCUACCACCUUUGCCUCCCUCAAGGCCAAGGACAGCGACGUCCUCCUCCCCCUUCUCCUCCUCUUUGGUGCCUCCAGCCAGGAGGCGGGGGUGACCCAUAGCAGCUGACCCAGCUCGGGCACUGCCUCUUCCACAGCCCUCCGGACACACCAUGGGCCCAGAGGCUGGCUAUUGGCACACUAGCGACGACGCAGGCGGCGGCCCCGGCGACUCUCAACUGCCUCCCUGGACCACGACAACUUCCCGGAAGCCAUCGCCGCCACCUGCAGAGGAAUCUGACCGCGGCAAAGCCAUCUCCACUUCGGACUAACAGCUACGUAAACAACUAUGGAGGGAGAGAGGCGGCGGACCCAGGCGCUGGGAGAAGGACGGGCCAUCGACGUCACGCCCAGAGCCCCCAUCCGGGAACCGAGGCAGAGACUCGCCCCUCAAAAUGGCGACAGCAGUGACGUGUCUGCGUACGGAACUCAUCAGUCGCGCCACGGACGACGGGAAGUGAGGUUUUCAGAAGAGCCGCCAGAAGUGUACGGCGACUUCGAGCCCCGGGUGACCAAAGAAAGGUCCCCGGGGGGAAGACGAACCCCGCCAGAAAAGUUCCGGCCGGAUUCUGCGAAAGAGGAAGUGAGAGAAAGCGCUUACAACCUUCGUUCUCGACCACGGAGGCGGCGGGGACCCCAGGAAGCCGAGGAGAUGAAGACGCGAAGGUCUGCCCGGAUUGAGCAGACCUCACAGCAGCCUCAGCCCCAGCUGUCUCCAGCUACGAGCAGGCGAGGAUUACGGGACUCUCAGUCCUCAGAGGAUGAACCUUCUUCCCAAACUGUUACAAGCCAAACAGCCUCAAAGAAAACUGUCAGAACACCAGAGACUUCAAUGAUGAGUGAAGACCCUAUAAGUAACUUACGCAGACCCCCACUAAGAAGUCCAAGAUCUGAUUCAACAUACAAAACAAAUGGAAAUACUAAAAUGAAUGAAAUAGAAGCUGCCAGUAACCAACCAGUCCAUUUCUCUGAAGAAGGAGAAACUGAAGAUGAUCUAGAGAGCUCUUACAGUGAUACCACUAUCAAGGUCAGAUCCAGGGAUUCUGUUGAGUCUAGAGAUGAAGCCACCAGAUCCUCUAGUUACCAUCAAGAAUCAUCUUGGAGGUUACCACAGAGCCAGGACUUCACAGCUCAUGAGAACCAGCCUUCAGUGCUGAGUUCAAGAUGUCAAAAAAACGCCCAGGAGUGGGUUGAACAAGUCAUAAGAAUGAGGAAUCGACUGCCACAUAACAACAUUCAGGAAUCAGAGUUUGGAAGCCAAUCUCCCUCGACCUCCAGCCAAUCAGACACUGCUGAACAACCCCACAGUGAAUCUUCUGUCAACAGAAAAUGGUGGCUGUUCGGUCUGUUUGGUGUCCUUGCUGUUGGAUUGCUUUGGUUCUUUCAUACUCCUGCCAUAGAAACCACAGCCAUCCAAGAAUUCCAGAACCAGAUGAAACAACUUCAGUCUAAGUACCGGAGUCAAGACGAGAAGCUGUGGAAAAGAGGCACAACAUUCCUAGAAAGACAUCUGAAUAGCUCCCUCCCUCGACACCAGCCUGCCAUCCUUUUGCUCACUGCAGCCCAAGAUGCUGAAGAAGUACUCAAGUGUCUGAGUGAACAAAUUGCCGAUGCCUAUUCUUCCUUCCGGAGUGUCCGUGCCAUCCGGAUUGAUGGGGCAGGGAAAGCUGCUCAAGACAGUGACCUCGUCAAACAAGAAGUAGAUCUACAACUGAGCAAUGGAUUUAGAAAUGGCCAGAAUGCAGCUGUGGUACACCGCUUUGAGUCUCUGCCCGCAGGCUCAACCUUGAUCUUCUAUAAGUACUGUGACCAUGAAAACGCAGCCUUCAAAGAUGUAGCCCUAGUCCUGACUGUACUGUUGGAGGAGAAGACACUGAAAGCCAGUCUAGGCCUAAAGGAAAUUGAAGAGAAAGUGAGAGAUUUCCUCAAAGUCAAGUUCACCAACGCUAACAUGGCCAGCUCCUACAACCACAUGGAUCCAGACAAGCUGAGUGGGCUCUGGAGCCGCAUUUCUCACCUAGUGCUGCCCGUGCAGCCAGAGAAUGCCCUGAAAGGGGGCAGCUGCUUAUGAGGGGGAAAGCGGAAAUCUCGUCUCGAGUUCUGAACAUUUUUCAGACUUUAACCAGAGACGGAGUAUGGAGCAGUUUUUGAAAACUGGUUUCUUUUUAAAGGAAGUUAAAUUCAUACAUAAACGUGGAAUACCGAAAUCAUUUAUGCAGCCUGAUUAUCUGUGAUUUGAGAGAACCAUUUCUCUGUUUCCACUGAGAACUAACUGUUAGGAGUGUUUAGCAUGAUCUAAAGUAUAUGCAAUUCCCCGAGGAUUUGCGUUAAUUCUGGCUGAAUCAUUCUUGCUGUGCUGUGACCAGUGAGAAGGACUAGGUGCCUUUCUCAAAGAAUCAGCUUUAUUUUUUAACUUCGGAUAUUUUUGUUGGUUUGUUUGUGACCUUAUUAGUCUGAUAGCUCUCCAAUUGUAGCUAUGGUUUCCCCAUUAUUUUUCCUUUUAUGCCAUUUAAAUAUGUGAUCCUUAGCUUCCACUUGCAAAGACAAAAGUCAUGAAAGGUCAUCUGGAUGUGCAGUUUAGCCUCCCUUCCCCCAUUGGCUUUAGGGAUGGGAGAAGAGGGUUCGGGAGGUGAAAAGGGAAGAGAAAUUGUUGAGUGUAGAAGGAAAAGGAAGGGGAAAAAAAUAGCUGCAAGCUGGGCAUGGUAAGACAUGCCUGUAAUCUCACACUUUCUCUGGGUAGAGUCAGGAGGAUCAGAAGUUCAAGGCCAGCCUCAUCUAUAUAGUGAGUUUUCUGCCACCCUGGGUUACAUGAUACACAAAAAAGAGGGGGGCGCGGGGAGAAAAGGAAAAGGGGGUUUUCAAAAUGAAUGUUACUUUAAAAGAGAAGCAUGAAAAUGACAAAAAGCCUCUGAGAUGUGGGUUACUCUAAUAUGUCUAGGCUGUUACCUCGGUGAGUUAUUACAGUUUGCUUUUUAUACUCUUUCCCCACUUAGAGAAGAUCUUGGUGUGAGUCUAAGGUUAGUGGUAGAGCAAUUGCCCAGCUUGAUUGUUUUCCCGGGUUCAAUAACCAGCAUUCCACACACCUAUAACCUCAGCACUCAACAAAUUGAGGUGGCAGCAUCUUGAAGGCAAGGCCAGCCUGGUGUGUACAUAUCAUAUCAGACCCAGUCUCAGUCCGACUCCCCAGUAAGGGCAAUUGCAUGGCCACCCUCCCAAGAAAGCCUGAAUGUGAUAGUUUAUUCUUAUUUGACACUUAACCAAUUUUAAAAGCAGUCUCUUUGGUUAUAGCCUGACAGUUUUUAUCUUAAAGAAUUUUCCAGUACAUCCUCAACCUGAUGGUUCAGUUUUUUUUUUUUUGUUUUUUUUUGUUUUUUUUUUUUAAUUUUUUUGCUUUUUGCCAAUACCAGGGAUUGAACUGAGACCCACCCAUGCUGGUCAAAGUGCUUUGCCACUGAACUACAUUCCCCAGCAGUAGAAAUACAUUUUGCCGUCAGGUGGCUCAUGUCUGUCAUUCUAGCACUUGGGAAGCUGAAGCAGGAGGUGAAUUCAUGGCCAGCCUGCAUGGGCUGCAGAAUGAAAUACUGUCUUACCCACCCCACCCCACCCACACACACAAAGACAGCUUCAAAAACUGGUAAAUAGUUCUCUGCUGGGCUAUUGAAGACUCCAUUUUGUGCUUGUACCUCUGUACUAAAAAUCCUGGACUAGCACUCCAUAACAAAUACAAAAUUAACGUAUGCACUUGAACAGUUUUAUUGAGUGCCUCAAGCCAAAAAGAGUGACCCUUACCACACCUGAUGAAUGUUGGGCUUAUGUCUCUACUGCGUAGUAUUUUAGGGUUUUUUGCACUUACAUCUUGGCUUUCUCAUCUAUCGUCUGCAUUUUUGUCUUCAGCUCUUAUAAUUCUAGACCUGAGUUCCUUUGUCCAUGGACAUCUAAAUGAAAAUUAUACUUUAGAGUACUAGCCAACCUUUCUUUACCCCUUGGGUGGUAGUAAAUGGGGAAAAGUGGUCUAACUUCUUUCCAGGGAGAUUACCAACAUUUGUACCUUUAUUAUAACCCGUUCUUGUCAGAAGUCAGAUGAUCAGGUUUAUUUUAUAAAGAAUUAUAAAAAGUUUUGAAAAGUAUUUUUUGCAUACAUAUCGUAUGGAAAAGGAAGUUUUAUUAAAUGUUCCACUGACUUAAAUAAUUUUGAAGUGAUAUGUUGCUUAUGUCUUUCAGAAAAAAUAAACAAUUGUAAUAGCUAAUGUGUAAAUAACUUACAAAGCUAUUUUAGUAAUUUAAAUAAAUUUACCUUUUGGGUUUGUA